CUUUGGGGAGACGAGUUUCAGCUAGAGAGUGCAUUCCGUAGAAUGUAUUAGAAAUUCUUUCUUAAUGGGUAUAUAAACAAAGAUUGAAGGUGAAACUAUUAUUCCAUCUCAGGAUUUAACAAUGACAGCCAUGGAUCUUCAACCUAUUAGGAAACAACUUCAUUUGAACCCAUACGAAUAUCAUAAAUACCUUAUAAAUGAGUACGUUUUAAAAAAACCAGGAGAUUCAAACCUCAUCCGAGAAAGAGAUCGAAGCAAAUGGAAGUCUGACAAAGAUGUAAUCCUUGAAAACUUAAAAUUUAUUUGGAAUGAAAAUGAUAUCCCAGAAUCAUGGGAGGAGCGAAUAGCAAAAAAGUAUUAUGACAAACUUUUUCGAGAAUAUUGCAUAUGCGAUCUUUCAAAAUACAAAGAAAAUAGAAUUGCUAACAGAUUUCGGAUUGAAAAGGAAGUUAUAACAGGGAAAGGUCAGUUUAUUUGUGGUGAAAAAUCAUGUCAGCGAAGUGAAGCUUUAAGAACUUGGGAAGUCAACUUUAGUUACACUGAAAAACAUGAAAAGAAAAAUGCUUUGGUUAAGAUUCGGUUAUGUGAGGAGUGUUCUGAAAAACUUAAUCACAGAAGUAAAAAAAGAGAAAUCAAAAGAUUGUCUAAAAGAAAAAGUAAACAAUUUGAGUCUCUUGAAAAGCCUGCUGAAAAAUCAAAUAUUGGCGAAUACACACAUGACUCAAUUAAAGCGGUUGAAGUAUCUUCCUGUCAAGAAAAAUCUGGUCGCCACGAAAACAUCAUUGAAGAAAAUCUUUGGACGAAAAGCAGUCAGACGGAUCACAGAAGUCGAGAUGAAGAAUUUGAUGAAUAUCUGGCUGAUCUAUUACUUUAAUCAAAAAAGGAGCAUUUUAACCAAACAGUUGAAACAUCGUUGAACAUCGUGAAACUAAAUAUAUAAAUUCUUAUUACACCCCGAAGCCCAAGUUUUGGUAGAUCUAACUUCCUUAGCUUUAAUUAAAAUUUUUAUCGAUACACAGGCUUGUAGCUUCUGGAGAUUCUUGUAAGGCGUCACUCAUUUUACUGCAAAAUAUAAUAUUAUAAAACAAAAAGUUUGACUUUAAUUCAAAAUUAAGUUCUAAGUAAAAAUAUUUAGAAAAUGCGAUUGAGUCAAUUUUGUCUUUUUAAGAUAUAGGCAUUGUUUUUAUUUUGGUUACCAAAAGAUUUUCUUAUUAUGCAGUUAAAAGUUAAGCAUUGAUUUGUUAUUUAGAUAUCUAAAAAAAAUAUCAUCCUCUAAAAAUGUGGUGAGAAUUAGCUUGCACACCAUUCAUUUAAACAUGAAUCUUCUUGAAUAUUAUUAGCCUUAAGCGAAGCUACAACAUAUUUAUUCAAAAUAAAUAAUGAACUUUCUACAGAAGCAAAAUUUCUUAUUACACACAUGCAGCUUCAAAAUUCCAUGGAGAAUGCUCACUGACUCUCUGACUCUCUUUUUUUCAAUAAUUACAAAUCUUACGUUACUGUAAAAAGAAAAUAGUCUAUGAGAAUCGCUUGAUGUUAAAGGUUGUGUG